AUGAACCCAUCGUCCACCUCCUCAGUGCACCCACUGAUAGUAGGCGACUGUGGUGAUCUGGCAGCCAGAGUGGGGGCAAACACGGCGGGCUUGGUCUCGAUAUCGCACUGCAGCUUAGUUGUGGAACUGGUAGGUAGGCUCUCCCCAACACUCGUGGUGCUGCUGGUCAUGCUCAUGCUUGGCAACGGAGUCGACAUGCAGCUACGGAGGUCACUCUCAACACUGGACAGCGACGAU